CGUGACGUUGGCAACAUUGCCGUCAUGGCUGAACGAAACUGUUGACUAUCUGUCAAUUUUGUGAAAUCUUUUAUUUUCGCCAUGAUCAGGAGUAGGAAUUUUUUCAGUGAACUCUGUUGCCUGUUUUGUUGUCCACCAUGCCCGGGGAAAAUCGCGGCUAAGCUUGCGUUUCUGCCUCCAGAACCUACGUAUGCAUUCACACCUGAUGAAACAGGAUCAAAAUUUUCAUUGACACUGACUGAAAGAGCAGAAUGGCAAUAUUCAGAAAGGGAAAAAGAGAAUAUUGAAGGCUUCUACUCAAGAACCACAAGAGGCAAUAGAAUAGCUUGCCUCUUUGUUCGGUGUAGUCCCAAUGCCCGUUUUACUAUAUUAUUUUCACAUGGAAAUGCCGUAGAUCUCGGUCAGAUGAGCAGUUUUUACUUAGGAUUAGGAACUAGAAUAAACUGUAACAUAUUCAGCUAUGACUAUUCUGGCUAUGGUGUGAGUGGUGGAAAACCAUCAGAGAAAAAUUUGUAUGCGGAUAUUGAUGCAGCAUGGCAGGCACUACGAACUCGGUAUGGAAUCAGCCCAGAAAAUAUAAUAUUGUAUGGACAAAGCAUUGGAACUGUACCAACAGUAGAUCUGGCUGCUCGCUAUGAGGUGGGGGCUGUUGUGCUCCACUCACCACUUAUGUCUGGUAUGCGAGUCGCCUUCCCCAACACUAAGAGAACAUGGUUCUUUGAUGCCUUUCCAAGUAUCGACAAAAUUCCUAAGGUGACCUCUCCAGUUCUUGUUAUUCAUGGAACUGAAGAUGAGGUAAUAGAUUUCUCGCAUGGACUAGCUAUUUAUGAACGCUGUCCUCGUGCUGUCGAACCAUUAUGGGUUGAGGGAGCAGGACAUAAUGAUGUUGAACUCUUCAACCAAUAUUUAGAGAGGCUGAAGCGCUUCGUUUCAGUAGAAUUGCUCAACUGACAAAGACUGCCGGCCACAGGCCAGACAACUCAAGGUGACGACCAAAAUCCCGCAUCAACACUGAGCUCCGGCACCUCUAGUUCAGCUACAGAGAGACUCCUCUAGCUAGCGGGGGCCGGGCCUAGCCGGGCCGGCCCCAACAAAAACUCAGCGAACGCUAGUGACUCCGUGAGUCCACAAAAUUAUAAAGAAACUAUUAAAACAGACAAUAACGAAAUUAGCUCUGCCGACCAAAAACCCUCCGUCGCGCAUAACAUCAGUAUAAACGUGACUGAUACAGACUCGCCGACAUGUGUGCGAAGGCGGAUACACCUGCGAUCUCUUAGUGACGUAACUCCGGCUAGUCGCACACACACUCCGCGUGCUCGGUCGCACUCAGAGCGGCCGCGCGCUUCGCCCGCGCCCUCGCCGUCGCACGCGGCGCCGCUCUCGCCGCCCUCGCCCCCGGUGUCCUUGGCCGCGCCCUCCGCGCCCGCCGUACUGCUGCCGCGCAUUGUGCGGAGCGAGCGCUCAUCUCCUGAUGCUUCGUCUUUAGCUCUUAAUGAAACCUCAGAAUCCCGUUUACGGAAUCGCGAUCGCUCUGGUAGUGAUGCUGUUUCAGUCUUGGGCAAUCCGUGGCGAAAAAUGAGCGAAGUCGACUUAAACGCCGCCGGAAGCCGUAACCGUACCUCCGGCCGCGGUGGACUCGACCCUUGGGUGAGAAACCCUACUCAACGAACCGAUAAAUCCUGUGAUCGACCGGUGUCUCGAGAAGACGUGGGUCGUGCGGCUUCAGACACUGAACAGAAACGCGAGGUCCCGCCCAAGUUCAAGCGGGGAAAACUAGAGCGUAAGUCACCGGUGGUGUGCGAAACAUGCGGUAACGAAAGUUGUGAGUGUUGGAGGACCGGCUGGGCCCGGCAGGCGCGCGCGGCCCGCUCGCUGGGCGCGCAAUGCACGUGCGAGGCGCGCUCGCCGCGGCUGUCACCGGCUCGGCUUCGCCCGCGUGCACCCCCUCGUGCCCUUUCCGAUGAUGAGGAUCGCCCGCGACGCCUCUACAAGUCGGCCUCGCAGAAAAUAAUAUGCUCGUCUAUCGAUGGUGACAGAGUUAAGAAGCUCGCCGAUCCUCUUUUGGAGACCACCUGUUGAGCAAGCCGAAGGCGGUAGAGCCACUUGAGGGACCCCGCUGAGCGCCAUCGAGCGUCUGGCGGUAGAGAGGUAUAGUUGUGCGGUGUGUUGUCCUUUUUGAUGUAUGAGUAUUAUUAGUGCGAAUUUUGUAUCCCUUUAGUAAUUAAGAUUUCAAAAUUUAUUAAUGUACUGUAAUAUUUGAUAAAUAUAAAAAGUAUGCUCGUGUUAUGAUAAUGAUAAAUAUGAAUGUUUUAAUAUUGUAUAAUUAUCUUUUACUUCGGGAGGUUGUGCGUAAUUAGAAAAUCUGCAUUAUUUGAAGGUAUGUUAAAAAAAACGUUUCUUUUGUAGUUCUAUUCUGGGACCGUACAGUAGCAUUCGGAAAGUUAAUUGACGUAGUUCCUUCAACAAUAUUUUUUUCACCAAAAACUAAACGCACAAUACAAUAGUAGCCUUGUAGUCUCAUAUAUUAUUCCGUUGUGCAUAAUGUUCACGUAUCCGCGCAUCUUCCAUUAACUGUAAAUAUUUCCAGAUAUAAAGUAAACGUAUUUAUAGUUGUUAUAUCACUAUCUGAUUGUAACUCAGAUGUUAUAAUAUCGAAACGUUAAAUCAAUAAUUUAAUAGGCAUUGAUCAGUUUCCAUCUAUACAUUCCACAAGAAAACAAUAAUAUAACAGCAUAAAAAUUUCUGAUUACGAAAAUUUUGAAAACCUGCCUGUAGUGUGGUUAUUUUAUAGCGUUUUUCCUCUAUUAAAUGCUGUUAGUUUCGAUCUGAAAACACCUGCAUCAUUUAAUACAGAUUUAUUAAAUUACUAUUGCAUAAAAAAUGUUAUCUGUUUUCGAACAUGAUUUAAAAUGUCUUAUUCAUUUAUAUAGAAUGUAGGUAUUACGAGGUUACUGCAUUCAUUUUUUUUUAUGGACUGCAAUGAAUUUAAUGCAUCUGAUGAACUUGAUUUUGCCAAAUAAAAAGUAACUGUCAUUUGACGUCCAUACGCAAGUAAUCAUUUGAUAUGAGUUGAUAGCCUCUACAGCACCUUAUUGGUAUCUCAAAUGAUUCCAAUAAACUGACGUCAAUGCAUCAAUCUAUAGACGUACGACUGUAUCGUAGUUCAUGCUAUGUUAAAUAUAAGUAUAUCGAAUCGCAGUAACGGCGUAAAAUCGAUCAGUACUAGGCUAAAAGUAGGUGUGAAUAAGCAUGUUAUAAAUAUAUAUGUAUACGCGAUUUAUGUGACCAGAAUAUGGAAUAAUAUUAACUUUCAUGCCAUAGGGUCCUGUAAAUUAGUGAACCCAGAAACUUGUCAGCCCAACUUUCCUAUUUUGUAAUAAUGUUGAAUAUGGGAACUUUCUUAUGAAUAGCAGUAGCCGUUAAAAUUCAAUUUAAAAAAGCCGUCUGAUAACUAGAAUAAAGGGGAAGUAAUCUCAAAUUAAGCCAUCAACCUGCUUGUAACCCGAACUGCCUAUAUCCAGUUAUAUUUUUAGGUAUGUUAUGAUCACAAUAAAUACAUAAUAGGUACUUAUAAUAAGCAAGUUAUGUGGACGUGUCUACACGCACGGUACGAACAUAUUGCAGUCUUUCUUUUUAUGUAAUCAUAUCGAUAGUUUAUCACAUAAUUAAUUAAAAUUGUAUGUUUACUUAAAUUAA